AUGCCGGUUCUCCACCCAAUUGUGAAUGUGUUCCGUGCCACACGGUUUGUAAUAUCAGAACCUGCGAAGCCGCCCGAAGGCCUGGUGGUGGAGGGGACCGAGCAGGCUUCGUGUGCAGCCAUGGGAGUGUCCGGUGGCUGCAGGAGGCCCGGGCAUGGGGGCAGCGCCCUCCGGGGAAAGUUCCUGGCCCAGUUGAUGGUGUUUCUGAUCAGUUUCAUAAGCUCCGUGUUCUGCGGCCACCUGGGAAAGCUGGAAUUGGAUGCCGUCACACUUGCAAUCGCAGUGAUCAAUGUCACUGGUAUCUCCGUGGGAUUCGGCUUAUCUUCCGCUUGUGACACCCUCAUGUCUCAGACGUACGGCAGCCCCAACAAGAAGCACGUGGGCGUCAUCCUGCAGCGGGGCGCGCUCAUCCUGCUGCUCUGCUGCUUCCCCUGCUGGGCGCUCUUCCUCAACACCCAGCACAUCCUGCUGCUCCUCCGGCAGGACCCGGCCGUGUCCAGGCUUACCCAUACCUAUGUCAUGAUCUUCAUUCCAGCUCUUCCUGCGACGUUUCUUUACACGUUACAAGUUAAAUAUCUGCUCACCCAGGGAAUCAUACUGCCCCAGAUCCUAACCGGAGUUGCAGCCAACCUCGUCAAUGCUCUCGUCAACUAUCUGUUUCUCCACGAACUGCAUCUUGGGGUGAUGGGCUCAGCACUGGCCAACUUGAUUUCCCAGUUCUCCCUGGCUCUGUUCCUCUUUCUCUACAUCAUCUGGAAGAAACUGCAUCGAGCUACCUGGGGAGGGUGGUCGCUGGAGUGCCUGCAGGACUGGGGCCCCUUCUUCCGCCUGGCCAUCCCCAGCAUGCUCAUGCUGUGCAUGGAGUGGUGGGCCUACGAGAUCGGGAGCUUCCUGAGCGGCAUCCUCGGCAUGGUGGAGCUGGGGGCCCAGUCCAUUGUGUAUGAACUGGCCACUGUGGUCUUCAUGAUACCCACGGGCUUCAGCGUGGCCGCCAGUGUCCGGAUUGGGAACGCGCUGGGCGCGGGAGACAUCGUGCAGGCCCGGAGGUGCUCCGUGCUCUUUGCGGUAGCCUUUUGUGUCCUGCUGUUAAGCUGUAAGGACCUUGUGGGGUACAUUUUCACGACUGACCGGAAGCAGGAAGGGACAGUCCACACCCUGCCGAUGAAGCGAGCGGACAUCGGCACCAACUCCGACCAAGGCAGCACCGCCAGGAAGCGGCACAGCCGUCGGAGAGGGGGAGAGAGGGAGAGAGGGACCAGGCUGGGCGUGAUCGGUCUGUGGGCGGGGAUCAUCGUCUGCACCGUCUGCCAGGCCGUGUGCUUCCUGGGCUUUAUCGCUCGGCUGGACUGGGAGAAAGCCUGUCAGCAGGCUCAGGUACAUGCCAACAUGAGACGCCCCAUGGCCCAAGAUGGGACGUCGCUGGCUCAGGACCUACUUGACCCAGGGGGCCCUGGGAGCCGGGGAGAGACCGGGAUGAGCGUCGCUGGAAAGAAAGACGAAGCCCCGCUGGACCCGCAGCUGCUCCAGGGAGCGGCCCCUGGGAGGCCGAGGCCCAGGCCGGCCGGGCUGAGCGGGCGGCAGCUGGCGCUGCGGCGGGGGCUCCUGCUGCUGGGGCUCCUGGCCGUGCUGCUGGCGGGCGUCCUGGUAAGGCAAGUCAGCCGUGCCCCUGGCUUCAAGAACUGAGAGUUCAAAGAUGUACUUUCCAAGGAAGAAAAUGAACCAAGUGAAAACUAGCUCUAGUCCACGACAAUGUCCGAGAAGUCACAUCAGAGGGACGUUCAUCCCCCACGGCCUCUCCAGGGACCACUGUGCGGACUGCCUUCCUCCUGGCUUUGCUGUUCUGCUCACUGUUUCUUUAGAUACAAACCCAUGUGCUGAGUGCUUAAGGGCUGCUGCUAUCUGAAUUAUUUAAAAUAUGUUACAAUAUAUUUUUCCUUGUGUCUUA